GAUCAAAUAGAAUACCAAUUUAUAAAGUGUUUCAUACAACACUCAAAAUUCGUAAGAAUGGCCGGUCUUCGAGUGCAAACGCUGAUCUUCGUUCUGGUGACCGCGUUAGCGAUUCUAGAUCGUACCUUCGUGGAGGCAAACUUCGACAAGAAUUUUAUUGUUACAUGGGGUAAACAUCAUAUUGGAACGACCAACGGCAACCUUCGACUUGUCCUCGACAAAUCUGCAGGAUCUGCUAUUCGCUCAAAGGUGGCUCACUUGUUCGGAACUGUAGAAAUGCUUAUCAAACUUGUGCCAGGGAACUCUGCUGGAACCGUUGCAGCUUAUUACAUGUCGUCCACGGGAACUGCACACGACGAGAUAGACUUUGAGUUCCUAGGGAAUUCCACUGGCGAGCCGUACACGAUCCACACCAACAUAUUUGCUAAAGGGAAAGGAGAUCGCGAGCAACAAUUCAAGCCAUGGUUUAACCCGACCAAUGGUUUCCACAAUUAUACCAUUCAUUGGAACCCAUCUGAAGUUGUGUGGUUCGUGGAUGGAACUCCAAUCAGAGUUUUUAGGAACUACGAGAAAGAAGGAAUAGCAUACCCAAACAAGCAAGGUAUGAAAGUGUUUGCGAGUCUAUGGAGCGCAGACGAUUGGGCAACACAAGGAGGUCGAGUGAAGACAAACUGGACACAAGCACCAUUUGUCGCCGAGGGUCGUAAGUACAAGGCAAGAGCUUGCUUGUGGCAAGGACCGGUUAGCAUCAAGCAAUGCGCAGACCCAACCAUUAAGUCUAAUUGGUGGACUUCACCGUCAUUUAGCCAGCUAACUCGAACGCAGCUAGACAGGAUGCAAAAGAUACGAUCUGGCUUCAUGAUCUAUGAUUACUGCAAGGACACUAACAGGUUUAAAGGUGUCAUACCUCCGGAAUGCUCCAAGAGACAAUUCUAAUCAAAGUUUUUUUUUUCUAAUAUAUUUUCCCCUUUUCUGAAUUUCAAUCGUAAUAUGUUUCUUUGUGUGGAAUUCGUCUUGUGUGUUGAUUCAUUUAUAAUUUUCCAUUUAUAUAAUAAACAAGGAUAAGUUUGCUC